AUGAAAGGAGACAAGCUGAUGGUGCGAUGGGUGGGACUUUUUCGCAUUAUACAAGAACUCCUCACCAGUUUCCUAAUCGAACACUUGCUGACGAAGGAAACGUUUGAUGUUCACGUGAUCCGACUAAAACAUUACGCGGAUGACAUGCUUAGUGUGACAGAGGAGCUAAAGCAUCACGAAUGGGAGUUGCUUGUUGGUUGGCAUGGGCUUGAAGACGCAGAAGAUUCAUGGGAAUCAAUGGGCAGUAUCGUGAAGGCAGUUCCAGAUAUUGUGAAGGCAUUCGUCGAGACUCAAGUCUUGGGGGAAGAGUGGACGGAUGUCCAGGUAUCAGACCUGACAACACCCUACAGUGGGUAA